AUUGGUCGUUCCUCAUAGAGACAUCAUUGGCCCACCGAGUGGCUGGCGGAACUUACGAAUCUUGAAGAUUUCAGUAGGGACUAGGAAGUCCCGUUUGGAAUCCGAAUUCAUUCGCGAACCUCGUCAUGCUGUAACACUUCCUGUCAUACUGACAGUCACCGAGUCAGUUUACAAGACUGUCAAGGAGGGUGUCUAGUAGGGGCUGGGACACGAGGAGGUCUGAUAAGGUCCCCUAUAAUAUUCACGAGCGUCGCCAGAACUGACCAAACUGUCAUCGAGACACUAGUCGGGCCACUUCGACGGUCUUCGGUUUCCGAUCUUUCAUUCCUCACCGGAAAUCGAUUUUGUCUUCUUCUUUCAGUCUCUUCGAAUUCGUGGGACGACUGUAUCAGACAUGAUGUUGACGAGUAACAAUCUCCUUGGUUCUCGGUCAAUUAUUCUAGUCGUUAGCUUAAUCACAACCGUCAUAGCAAUCGAGCCAGAGCUUCGACUCGUCAGCGUGGUAUUUAGACACGGUGAUCGAGCACCCGAUAACAAUGGUUUAGAAAUGUAUCCUAAAGAUCCAUACGUCAACUGUACCUUCUAUCCCAUGGGUCUAGGACAAUUGACUAAUAAUGGAAAACGGCGGGAAUUCAGUUUGGGUGAAGUUUUAAGACUUCGAUAUUCGAAGUUCCUUGGUUCCACCUACAUACCCUCGGCUAUUAAAGCUCGUAGUACGGAUUACGACAGGACUAAAAUGUCUUUGCAGUUGGUACUUAGUAGUUUAUAUCCACCGGAAGGUAUUCAGAAGUGGAAUAACGAAUUACCAUGGCAACCAAUACCAUUUUCUUAUGUAGUCGAGGAGUUCGAUAAUCUUCUUGUACCUGAGGAAUGUCCGCUGUAUUUGGCGGAAUACGAAAGGGUGAAGAAGACACCAGAAGUAAGAAAGAAGGUUUCCGUUUUUGAUGAUUUAAUGAAAAACUUGACAUUAUUGACCGGAAAAAAGAUUAGCAACUCUGUAGAUCUUUAUUACCUCUAUCAUACUUUCAUGGCUGAAUCUUCAAUGGAUCUUACACUACCAGAUUGGGCGAAUGAUAUUUUCCCCCAUGGAGAUCUUUUCGAUGGCACUGUUCUUGAGUAUGAUAUUAUUAGUUAUAACACAGCAUUGAAGAGGCUCAAUGGAGGAAUGCUCGUGCGCAAGAUCAGUGAAGAUAUGGCCGCUUCCGCUGAUGGCAGUCUUGAGAAAGGUCGCAAGAUAUUUUUAUAUAGUGGGCACGAAACAAAUAUCGCUGCUGUUCAACAGACACUUGGUGUUUAUUUACCUCAUGUUCCUGAAUACUCUAGUGCCCAAAUAUUCGAGCUUUUAGAGCUUAAUAGUACCUAUUACGUUAGGAUUUUAUAUUAUACUGGUAUUCCGUCAUCAUUAAAAGAGCAAACAAUUCCGGGAUGCGAUGUACUUUGCCCGUUGGAUACGUACUUGGAAUUGUUAUCUGACGUGAUACCUUCUGAUAAGGAACUGAUAUGCAAGAAAGCAAAAGUGAUUGAUCCUACACAAGGAACCAGUGGAAAAAAUGGAUUUUUUGAAAAUUUAAUUAAAAUUAUUACUCAAAAAAUUUGGCCGUCACAGUCGUAGCGAGAAAGAUAUCGAGUUUUCAUUGAUAAAUAAUUAUGGGGAAAAGCUGUAGCUUGUGAAGUCCAUUAAUUGUUUCAAAUACGUAAACAAAAUGGACGUUUGCUCGAAAGCAUUUUCUCAGGUACUACAGGACAUUAUGGCAUUAACGAUAACUAAGAUAUUAUUCAUAAAAAGGAUUUACGUGCAAAUUCAUAAUUUUGCACGUUGUCAGUUUUACUAGUUCGUUGACGAGAAUUCCAGGGGACUUGCAACGAGUAAGAGAAAGAAACAGUACAUUAAUUUAAGCUGCCAUUAAUGAAUGCAGGAUAAAUAUGAAAUAAUGUAAAAUUUAGAGAUGCGUGAUUAAGAUUAGAAAUUUAUAUAAUACUAUUUUAUCUGUAGAUAUUAGCAAGCUUUUGUGUCCCAUAGGUGAAACAAUUAUUGCAGGCUUAAAAUAUCAUAUUUCGGAAUACAGAUUUAUCAAAGUAAUUAUCAGAACAGAUGAUAAUUACUGACUGCACCGAUUAUAAUUGCAGACCCAAAGAUUAAAUAUUAUUAUCGAUUAUAGAUUUUAAAAGAAAAUUAAUAUUAUUUCAAAUGUGAACGAAGUCCACGGUUAAAUAAUGACACUUUGAUAAUGCAUUUACUUUUUCUUCGUGCUCGUCAAGCUACUGCAGGCCGUACAAAGUGCUUCUUUUGUUACUCAGUAUUCAUUUAUUAGGAUGUAGUACAAUAAUAAUCAUAGGAAAAGAACUUAAUUUAUUUUUACAUAUUUAACUUAUAAGUAUUGUAUUUCUCCCUAUUUUUUAUCAGAGAAAUUUCUUGUUGUUAAAAAAAAAUUAAAUUUUAUCAAUGUUAAAUACAUACAAUAGAAAAUUAAGGCAAUACUAGAAUCAGUUAAUUAUUUGUCAUCAAAGAAAGUCAAUGCUAUUUAACUUAAAUAUAAUUACCAUUCAUACAUAAACACACUCUCACAUUAUAAUUGACUACUUCACUAUAGAUUAGUAAUAUAAAAUUUCUGACACUUGACAGUUAUAAAAGAGUUAUAUAAGGACAUUCCAAAAUUCAAACGACCGCUUUAAUUCAUGGAUAAAUACCAUAAAACAUAAUAAACCAAAAUAUACAUA